CCUCACUGCUCCCCUCCUUUUCCAGUGCUAGGACUAGCUACAGCAUGCCCCAUCCCCUAGUAGUCUUCCAUUUCAGGGGUUAUGUUCAGAUCCUAACUCCAUUUUUAGUUAUUGUUUGUCAGUAGCAGAAGGUAAGGGACCAACUUCAUUCUGUCACAUUUGAUAUCCAGGGUUUUUGUUUGUUUGAUUGGUGGUUUCAUUGGUUUUUUUUUUACUGUGGGACUGAACACAUGCUAAGCAAGUCCCCUACCACUAGCCUAUACCUUUAGCCCUUAUUUUUAUUAAGAUCAGGUCCUGCUAUGUAGUACAGGCUGGUUUUGAACUUGUAGUGAAGUGAAGCCAAGGCUGUCCUCAAACUUGUAAUCCUCCUGCCUCCGAUCCUAGGUCCUGGGUUUAUAUGUUGCCACUGUGCCCUGCUGGUAUCAUCAUCUCUUUGUACCUUCUCCUUUUGUGUUGAAGUCUAUAUCUUUUAAUAAUCUAGCUGUUUCCAUGUAUUUUAUUUUUUUAAUAUUGUUAAUCUAGUUAUAUCUCAUUUCUGUUUGGUGUAUUUGUGUCUUGUGACUUAAAUGGUUUUUUUUUUUCAUCCAAUCUAACAAUGUUUGUCUAAUUUUAAAGGCACUCUUUAAGAUACUUGUAGACUCAUUUUCAGUGGUCACAGACAGUAAGUCCCAUGAACUCUUCCUCUGUUUCCCACGGGGGUCACAUCAUGUGUGGCUUCAGGACUAGGGAUGCACAAUGAUCACUUACAUUUCACCUGUCUUUUGCACUAGCUAAUGUGUAUGUAUGUGCCAUCAUGUGCAGAAUCAUGUGACCCCUGCUGCAGUGAGGCACAGUACAGUUCCGUUAGUGAGCUGAUCUCUUCUGUUCCCUGUUGGAAGCCACAGCCCCUCCUCUCGCACCUUUCCCUUUCUCUCAGAACCCCCACCUCUGCAGUCCUGUCAUUUGAGACUGUUACAGACAGUGGUGCUCCUGUGUAGUAUGUCUCAGGACUUCCGAUAGAUACCGAGACUAUAGAUGGCAUCACCUCCAAACAGACAGUUUUGCAUGCAGAUACUUGGAAGGAGAGAACUGACUCUAUCAAGUUGUCCUCUGAUCUCUACAUGUGUGCCAUAACACAUGUGCCCGCUUCUAUACCACAUACACCAUCAUCAUCCAUGAAAUUUAACUUGUAACUUGAGCCCAGUAAUACAUUAAUAUCAUUUAAUGAGACAGAAUAAUUAUAUGAACAUACUAUAAUAAAAGUGCAUGAAUGCGGUCUCUUCCCUUCUCUCGGAAUGUCUUUCUAUACCAUACUUUUCUUGUGAUGACAAUACUACAGUACGUAGGCAGUGAGAUGGAGGAUGGUGGAUCUGGAUGUAGCAUUAGGAUACUGCAUAUGGUUACCUGGGACACACACUGCGAUGCCACAGCAGCUACUACUAAGUGCUAAUGGGUGGAUAUGUCUACAGAUUGGAUACACUAAACAAGCAAAUGAUUUGCAUCCUGAACAGGAUGGACAGGACUGGACAAGAGCUUAUCCUGCUCCUUAGAAUGUCCAGUUUCUGUUCAAAACCUUUGAGUUAUUUGUGUCUGGUAAGUUUGUCUUAAUAUUUUUAGAACAGGGUUGACUGGUUUAAAGAUGGUUAUCUUGCAAAGUGUCUACAAACCAUGACUCACCCAAAUUGUACCCACCAAAUACUUUCGAGACUUUUAUUGGAACACAGCUGUACUCCUUCAUGAAUUCUCAUUUGGGGCCAUUCUUUUACUACAAAGGCAGAGGUGAGUAGUUUUGAUAGAGUACAAAUGACGCUCAAAGCCAAAGUCACGUACUUGUUGACCCUUUGCAGAAACGGUUUGAUUGCACUACUUGUUUUGUAUUUGUUCUUACUUGGUUUCUGUUUCUUAUGCUCGGGCUUCACAGUGUAGCCUGAGUCUCCCAAGUGCUAGGAUCAGAGGUGUGCGCCACCACGCCUGGCUCUGAAGUGCGGUUGUGAACUUAAAAGAGUUGCUUUAGGGAGCUGGGGAGCUGGGUUGGUAAAAUGCUUGUUGCACACGCGUGAGGGCCUGAGCUCCCUUCCUGGAGACUCUAGUCCACAUUUGUUCUGUCCUAGAAGGAAGUGCAGCGUGUGGAAGUGUGCAAUCUAACGCAGUCAAGAGUGUGGCCCACCAUCACCUCCCACGUACUGUAGCUUAGAGGUUGGUUACACUUCUUACAGGCAAGGAGAUAGAGACAGAUGUGACCUGUUAGGGAUCACCAUCAUGUUGUGUCUGCCACAGAAACUUUAAGAUAUGUUAGUAACUACAGCCCAUGAUUUUAUAUCACCCACUUUGUUUUCUGACAAAGCUGAGAGAUGAGAUUAACAGUAAAAGAACCCCAUAGACCUGACUUUCUGAUUAAGGCAUUUAUAGUUUUCAAAAGCUGCCUACUAUUGCAAGCUUCCAUCCUAACACAAACAUCUGCAGCAUGGUUUACAGUUUUGUAAGCGACCCUGAAGUUUAGUGCACUUCUGUGACCCUCGGGACAGUCCUGUUUAUAGGUAGAGAAACUGAGGGUUAGGAAAACUUUCAAAAAAGAUCACAGUUAGUAAAUGGUAGCAGAUGGUUUAACUUAAAACCCUUUUGUCUCUUUCAGGUAGGCAGAAUUGUAGCAUAUACCUAUUAAUGAUAUGAAUAUUCAUCAAAUAUGCUUAUUAGUGAAGUCAGUGUGAUUUUGUAUGUAAGUAGUAAAUUCUCUAUGGAAAUGCAGAUACAAUGAGGUCUGCACACUUAGUUCAGCUGUUCAUGUUUCUGGUUGUAUAUCUUUAACUCUUGGAAUAUUCCUGUAAGUGAUGCACUCACCCAUUUCCCAAAAGAGAUAACUAAAGCUUAAGCAGGGUCUCAGUGGUGGAAUCAGUCUAACGUAGAAUCUAUGAAGAACCUGAUUCUAUAAAAAUAACCUUUGAUUUUUGCUUUGAGUCCUCAAAGUUUCUAAGCAUAAACUGUUUAGUUCACACCUUCUGGUUUUGAAGCCAGUACAUUCCAUUUUUAUGUCCUUUGUUUUUGUAUUGAAUUUUAAAGCUGUUCUUUUGCUGAUGUAGUUAGAUGAAGCGAGUCAUGUGACAUUUAGUGUAAAGCUGCAGGGUUUCCAGUAUGAUCAAUGUGGUUAUGUGUAUCGAAUUGAUGAAUUAUAAUUGUAACACCUUUUAGUUUAUCUUUGCAUGUUUUUUUUUAAAUAUUUCAGCAAACUAUAUAAUGGCAAUUGAAGGAAUUUUGAAAGCUGUCUAACGUUUAGUGGCUGCAUCUGUCUUCUAUCUUCUCACCCUUACAAGAAGAGUAAAUGGGAUGUUUCAGAAGGAAGCUCCAUAAGAAGAGUGUUGCAAAUGGCUUCAGAGUCUACCAAUGGGAAACAAGUUAGGAGUCACGUGACCAAGGGGCGCCGGCAGCCCCCGCAGCAGCCAGCGAGGAGCAGGUCCUCUGUCAGCGAGUGUGAUGGCGAAGACUCCUUCAUCUUUGAAGCCAACGAAGCGUGGAAAGACUUCCACAGUUCUCUCCUCCGGUUCUAUGAGAAUGGGGAGCUCUGCGAUGUCACACUGAAGGUUGGCUCAAAGCUCAUCUCUUGUCACAAACUGGUGCUAGCUUGUGUGAUUCCCUACUUCAGAGCCAUGUUUCUUUCUGAAAUGGCUGAAGCCAAGCAGGCGCUGAUUGAGAUUCGAGACUUUGAUGGUGAUGCCGUGGAAGACUUGGUGAAAUUCGUCUACUCUUCACGGCUCACGUUGACAGUAGACAACGUCCAGCCUCUCCUGUAUGCGGCAUGUAUCCUGCAGGUUGAACUGGUGGCCAGGGCUUGCUGUGAAUACAUGAAGUUACAUUUUCAUCCCUCCAAUUGCCUGGCAGUACGAGCCUUUGCGGAGAGUCACAACCGAAUAGACCUGAUGGACAUGGCGGACCAGUAUGCCUGCGAGCACUUUACUGAAGUGGUGGAGUGUGAAGACUUCGUGAGUGUGUCACCCCAGCACCUCCACAAGCUGCUGUCCUCCAGUGACCUCAACAUCGACAGUGAGAAGCAGGUCUACAGUGCUGCUAUCAAGUGGCUCCUUGCCAACCCCCAGCAUCACUCUAAAUGGCUGGAUGAGACGCUUGCACAGGUUCGUCUGCCAUUAUUGCCGGUUGAUUUCCUUAUGGGAGUUGUGGCAAAAGAACAGAUUGUCAAGCAAAACCUAAAAUGUAGAGAUCUGCUGGAUGAAGCAAGGAACUAUCACCUUCAUUUGAGCAGCAAACCGGUCCCUGACUUUGAGUACACGGUCCGCACUACCCCAAGGAAGCAUACGGCUGGUGUGCUGUUCUGUGUAGGUGGUCGAGGUGGAUCUGGUGACCCCUUUCGUAGUAUUGAAUGCUAUUCUAUCAACAAAAACAGUUGGUUCUUUGGACCAGAAAUGAAUAGCCGAAGGCGGCAUGUAGGUGUGAUCUCUGUGGAAGGUAAAGUGUAUGCAGUGGGUGGACAUGAUGGGAAUGAGCAUUUAGGUAGCAUGGAGAUGUUUGAUCCUCUCACUAAUAAAUGGAUGAUGAAGGCGUCAAUGAACACCAAGAGGAGAGGAAUUGCUUUGGCCUCCUUAGGGGGCCCAAUAUAUGCAAUUGGAGGGCUAGAUGACAAUACUUGCUUUAGUGACGUGGAGAGAUACGACAUCGAAUCUGACCAGUGGAGUACAGUGGCACCAAUGAACACGCCCCGGGGAGGCGUUGGCUCGGUGGCUUUAGUGAACCAUGUUUACGCAGUGGGUGGCAAUGAUGGAGUGGCCUCCUUAUCCAGUGUGGAGAGGUACCAUCCACAUCUGGACAAGUGGAUAGAGGUCAAGGAAAUGGGUCAGCGCAGAGCAGGCAAUGGUGUUAGUGAGCUUCACGGCUGCUUAUAUGUUGUCGGUGGUUUUGAUGAUAACUCCCCUCUGAGUUCAGUUGAACGGUACGACCCCCGAAGCAACAAGUGGGAUUAUGUGGCAGCACUCACGACCCCCCGGGGAGGAGUAGGCAUCGCUACCGUGAUGGGCAAAAUCUUUGCAGUUGGCGGUCACAAUGGCAAUGCAUACCUGAACACAGUGGAGGCAUUUGAUCCAGUGCUGAACAAGUGGGAGCUGGUCGGACCUGUGUCCCACUGCCGCGCCGGUGCCGGAGUAGCCGUGUGUGACUGUUUAACUAGCCAGAUCCGAGAUGUAGGUCACGGGUCCACUAAUGUGGUGGACUGUAUGUGACGUGAGUCUCAGCAGCAACUGUGCAACCACACGGGAUGCUCGGGAAUCAGCCAGCACUUGACGCGGCCCCCUCUGAUCUGAACGUCGGCUGUUGUGGUGUGGGUACACCUUGUGGACCGAUGGCUGGAGAAUGGUAGUCACAAAGCUGUGUUUCCUGCUCUAGCAAAUAAUGAAGCUGUCUAUCUUUGAACCCAUUCUUGUUCUGAAAGACGUUUCAUGUAGUGCCAAACCUUAAAAUAGCUGUUUAUUUUGAUGAAUAAAAUUUAAUUUAUUGAGUUUUAUCUGUUCUUUCUCCUGAAGAUACUAGCUUCAGGCAGCAGAUUUUUCCCUGAGAAGGGAAGAGUCUGCCCAUCAACAUAAGGACUUGAGGCUCAUUCGACAUGGUGCUGAUGAAUUGAUGUUUUGCUUUUUGUCUCUAGACGGUGACUUUCAGUUCUUGAGUGUUUACCAAGUAGGAAAAUGUGUGUUUCUGAGGCAUUAUUGAAACCAUAUUAGUGUCUGUAAGAAGCCCUUUGUUUCUGUUUGGAGUUUUAGAACUACAGAACGCAGCCAUGCUGGGCCCUCACCGAGUGUAGACUGGCUGUUCUUAGGGCUGUUGCUUUCCAUUUUUCCCAUCUCAUGCAACUGUGCACCUGAGAAUGUCUUAGUAACAACUUUAGACUAGCGAAGUCCAGUGCCCAGUUGGGAGACUUGGAAAAGAAAUGUGUGACACACAUGACCACCUAGGGAAGAAAACCUCAAGGGUCCUUUCACCUUGGUCUCUGGUUUAGUCCUUGGGGUUUUGGACCCAGGAUCCAUUUUCUUCUUAUUCUGUUAUUUGUCACUGUCUUGGUUUUCUAAUUGUACAAAGCUGCAUUUAUUUAUUAUCAGGAGAUGAAUGCAUUUUUACAAAAGCCCUUUAUGUAGUAUAGUUUGAUGAUUAGUUCAAGUUUGUCAUUAAUUAAUAAAAUAUGUUAUUGGUAAAAACAGAGGAAA